CAACAUCGGGCGUGUCGCCAACACCACACCGAGCCCGAACCACCAUACGACAGCCGAACCACUCCGGACGCCGCGGCUGACUUGCUUGUUUUGCUUUGCUUUCCUUUGCUUUGCAGGCGUGAUCCAACUCCAACGCACGCACAGGACAGACGAGCCUGAGCCUGCUGCUGUAUAUACAUGCAGCCCACACCGCCUGAAUCUGACAGACCAAGUCGUUGACGGAUCAACCGAACCAACAUCCCCCCAACGCACUACUAUCUCCUCUCCCCUCUAUCUUCUUCAAUCUUCCCUCCUUUCUGGUAUUCUACGUUCUAGUAGUACUCCAUCCUUCUACCGGCCACCAGGCGAAGAAACCCAAGGACGGCCGGACCGCCGGAGAGCAAAGGGAUAUAUAGCGGCGCAAUUCAUCGUCUCAUCGUCAUGGUUCUAGCAAGAGGAGGAGCUGCUGCCUCCUUGCUCCUCCUGCCGCUGCUGUUCGCUGCCGUUGCGGCGGCGAAGGCGGCGGGGGCGCCGUCGACGUCGAUGGAGGCCUACUUCUCGGCGGAGGAGCUGGUGCGCAUUGCCGGGUACGGCGAGGAGCCGGUGUCGACGGUGCUCGUCUCCGGGCAGAUCCUCUGCGUGCUCUGCCUCCGCCCGGGCUCCGACCUCCUCACCUUCCAGCUUCCGGGUAGCAAGGUUGCAGUAACCUGCAAAAGUGAAGGUCCAAACACCAGCACGAUGGCUGCUAACUCUGCAUUUGCAACAACUGACGAGUCUGGCAACUUCACCAUAGAGCUCCCGUCCCGGCUCCACGCCACACCAAACCUGGAGGAUGCCUGCUCCGUUACGGUGCUCACCCUCCCGCCCGACUCAGCGUGCCACGCCGGCCACAGCCCUGGCUCGCCGUACCGCCUCCAGCCAUCGUCAUCUGAGGAGGAUGGCGUUCGUACCUACACGACAGGGUCGAUAUGGCUGCAACACAAUGACACGCCAUCAGAAGAGUGCGUGCAGGAAGAGAGCAGAAGUGAUCAGAGAUGAACGAUCUGGUCUCUUGUAUCUUCUUUGGUUUUCGGGUAGAACGUAAAGAUGAGGGCAUAGCUGGCCUCCUGUAUACCUCCCUGUGUAUAACACUGACAAAGCAUAUGAAUGUAGGUUACAUGGUACUGCAA